ACGCAGGGGCUGGCCUUGGGGAAGGCUGUGGGCCGGGCCCGGGGGCGGGCGCCCCGCGCUCUGGUCCCUCUGCGGCCCAUUCUCCGUUACUCGCUCUGCAGACCCAAGUCGCCCUCGGCGCUGAGCCGCGAGAUGUUCUUCAGAGCUGCCUGGAGCUUGGUACUGAAGAAAGCAGCACCCGGGCCGCGGUGGAUGCACAGCCCAGGAAGUGCUGCCCACAGUGAGCAGAAGAUGCCCCCUUACAGCAACUACCAUGCCCAGCGCUCCUACCCCAUGCCUGAUGAGCCCUUCUGCACAGAGCUCAAUGCUGAGCAGCAGGCCCUGAAGGAGAAGGAGAAGGGCAACUGGACCCAGCUGAGCCAUGCCGAGAAGGUGGCCUUGUACCGCCUCCAGUUCCAUGAGACCUUUGCAGAGAUGAACCGUCGCUCCAAUGAGUGGAAGACAGUGAUGGGCUGUGUCUUCUUCUUUUUUGGAUUCACAGCUCUGCUGAUUUGGUGGCAGCGGGUCUAUGUGUUCCCAAAGAAGCCCAUCACCCUGACGGAUGAGUGGAAGGCCCAGCAGCUCCAGCGCAUCCUGGAUAUGAAGGGCAACCCUGUGCAAGGCCUGGCCUCCCGGUGGGACUAUGAGAAGAAGGAAUGGAAGAAGUGACGUGGCAUCCGGGCUGCCCUCCCUGCAGUUCCACCCCGGCCUAGAGCCUGUGGAGGGCCCUUUCCUCUUCUUAACGCCAAUAAAGCUGGCCUGUUCUCUUCUGUC